ACGGAAGGAAUCAUGUUUGUUGUGAGCGAUCGAACAGCUGAUUGAGCGUUUGUUUUUCUUCCCGAGCAGAAGCGCCGCGUGGAGUUCAAGGUCAGCGAGUUCCGGCAAGCUUGAAUGAACCCCGGCCGGACACGCUGGCGCUCACCCGCGAGCUGCGCGUGUAGAACUGCAGAGAGGAUGUGACGGGAUCCGGAUCGCUCGUCUGGUUGCGUUCCGGCCGCCGGCGAGUAGGGUUGGGGGGUCGGGGGGAUGGGCCCGGCCUCCGCGCUGGAGGAGUCCAGCAUGGCCGAGACCGCCGAGGAGAUGGAGAGUUACGGCUGCCUCGUGCGGGCCGGAUCCCAGCUCGAGAGCACGCUGCAACAGGUCACCGUCCCCUUGAGCAUGAAGGAAGUCGGCGGCUACAUCGAGAAAAAGGUUGCGUACCUCUCGGGUGGUCGCGGGGAAGACUCCAGCGUCAUCAUCACGCUGCCGGAAAGUUCUGCCUUCAGGGACAUCCCGGAGGAGGCCUUGGCCAAAGUCUUCACGUACCUGACGCUCAUCCCUCGAACCAGGCAACCUGGAGUGAAGUUCAUCAUCAUUUUAGACCGGAGAUUGGACACAUGGGCUUCUAUCAAGACCGCCUUGGCCAGAAUCGCAGCCUCCUUUCCCGGGAACCUCCACCUGGUCCUGGUCCUCCGACCCACCAGCUUCUUCCACCGCACCGUCACCGACAUCGGCUUUCGCUUCAGUCAAGAGAACUUCAUGCUCAAAAUGCCGGUGGUGAUGCUGAGCUCCGUCACAGAUCUGCUGAAGUACAUCAACGAAAACCAGCUGACGUCGGAAUUCGGAGGGACUCUGGACUACUGUCACAGCGACUGGAUUGUUUUGAGAACGGCUAUAGAAAGUUUUGCGGUGACCGUCAAAGACGUGGCACACACGCUGCAGGCCUUCGGCAAUGAGCUGGCCGAGUCCGCCGUGCCCCGCGACGGCGACGCCGUCCAGAGUCUGCUGGAGUCUCACAAUGGAAAAUACAGGAAGCUCAAAGAGGCAAUUGGAUCUUUGUCCAAAGAGGGGCAACAUCUCCUCUCAAGUCUGGAGUCCACCACCAGCGCCAGGCACAGCGAAGACCCUGAUUGGGACGUCCACCUGGACUGGGAGACGGUUCAACGGCUGCUGGCUCAAGUCCGAGACAUGGAGUUGGCCUUCGACGGCUACUUCGAGAAGCACCGGCUGAAACUGCACCAGUACCUGCAGUUGCUCCGAUACGAGCAAAGCUUUCAAGAGAUGCAGUCGUGUCUGUCACGCGCGUCGUCUCAGCAGAGCGCGCUGCCCACGACCGUCGACACGCCGGCCCAAGUCGAGCAGGCCCUCGAGCAGCUGGACGCCGUGGAAACGUUUGCUCAGGAAGUGACGUCACGCGCCCAGGUCGUCAUCCUGCACGGGCACCGGCUGUCGGCGGGCCACCAUUACGCCACGGCUCUCAUUAUGCAACGCUGCAAUGAGCUGCGGCACGGCUGCGACGGCCUCAGCGGCGCUCUGGCGAGCAAACGCCAUCAUCUCCUGCAAGCGCAGCGGCUGCUGAUGUCGCUGGACCAGGCCCAGGCCUGGUCUGACGACGGAGCCUACCUGUUGGCCAAUCAGCUGGUGGAGAAGUUCCAAUCCAAGGAGGGGGCGCAGACCGCUUUGAAAGCCAUCGAGAGCUUUCUCGAGGGCUCGCCGCCCAUAACGGCAUCUGGACCUGAGGUUCUGGCUCUGGAGUAUGAAGCUGUCAUGACCCCUCAGCUGCAGGAGAAGAUCAAUAAAACCUUUGAGAAGCACGCCGCCGUGCAGCAGAUGAUCCAGAACCGACGGGCCGGCCUGAGGAAGCUCGCCGACAAACACGUCCGCCCGGUCCAGUUGGUGGCCCCCCGUGCUGAGAACCCCCCUCACUCUAAAUCGCCGAUCUUCUCUCCCAAGCAUUCCGACGGUUUAAAAUUCACGUUUGAUCUCCCGCUGCCCGGAAAGAGGGCGUCCCGAAAAGGCCCCAACACUCCCAAAAUCGAAGUGAUUCACGACUACCGGGACAGCCGCAGCUGUGUGUCGUACGGCGUGGACGGAGAAGACAGCCCGGACGUCCUCAAGCGUCACGUGAUACGGGAGCUGAUCGAGACGGAGCGGAUCUACGUGGAAGAGCUGCUGUCGGUCCUUCUGGGCUACAAAGCCGAGAUGGACAACCCGCUUCUGGUGGCCCUCCUGCCGCCCGUGCUGCGGGCCCGGAGAGGCACCCUCUUCGGAAACAUGCCCGACAUCUACAACUUUCACAGCAGGAUGUUUCUCCAGGACCUUGAAGGAUGUCUGGAUACUCCUGAAGGUGUGGGAAUUUGCUUUCUUUCCAGGAAAGAGAACUUCCAAAUGUACGAGCGCUACUGUCAGAAUAAACCCCGAUCCGACGCUCUGUGGCGACAGGUCUCGGAUUGCGCCUUCUUCCAGGAGUGUCAGAAGAGGCUCGGCCACAAACUGGGUCUGGACUCUUACCUGCUGAAACCGGUCCAGCGCCUCACCAAAUAUCAACUGCUGCUCAAGGAGCUGCUGAAACACAGCACCGAGUGCGAAGGAUCGUCGGAGCUGCAGGGGGCGCUAACGGCCAUGCUGGACCUCCUCAAAUCGGUCAACGACUCCAUGCAUCAGAUAGCCAUCACGGGAUAUGAGGGUGAUAUUUGCGAGCUGGGCCGCGUGCUGAUGCAAGGCUCGUUCAGUGUGUGGAUCAGCCACAAGAGAGGCGCCACGCGCAUGAAGGAGCUGGCCCGCUUCAAGCCCAUGCAGCGCCACCUCUUCCUCUACGAGAGCGCGAUGCUCUUCUGCAAGAGGCGGGAGGAGCACGGCGACGGCCGCGACAAGACGCCCUCGUACGGCUUCAAGCACUGCAUAAAGAUGACUGCUGUGGGGAUCACGGAGAACGUCAAAGGAGAUCCAAGGAAGUUUGAGAUCUGGUCCAGCGGCAGGGAGGAGGUCUACGUGGUUCAGGCUUCCAGCGUGGAGGUGAAGACGUCGUGGCUCAGCGAGCUGCGGCGAAUUUUGACCAACCAGCAGAAGUUGCUCCGAGACGAGCUUCAUCAAAACGGACAACUGCUCGAGCACACGAAUCUUUCUCCACCACCUUGUGAGAGAUCUUGCCAUCAGCUUUCCCCAUGCUAUCGAAACACACGACCGCAGUUCAUCCUGCAUCUGUGGAGAAGCUUGCACACAUCCGCUCCGAUGUCCCAUCAUCCCGUCCUGCGGAGUCGCUCAUUCAGCAAGCAGCAGAGGGUGUCGGUGAGCUCGGAGGACACCGAGUCGGGAAAGAGCAGUCCGGACGCCCAGCGGCGUGCCCCCAAGUACCGGCUCAACCGCAGGAGCUGGCCGGGAGCUCAUCAUCAACCGGUGAACAUCCACAAGGGUCUGGACCAAACUAGUGGCAGCCAGGACGUUUUCCACCAGCCCGACGCGCAGCUGGUGAAACUGUCUCGGGGCAGGUAUCGGGCCUUGGCCGACUGCCUCCAAAACGGACCCGACAGUGUCCUCGUCAAAUGCGGCGACGUCAUCCAGCUGAUGUGGGAAGACAACAAAGGCCGCUGGCUCGUGAAGAAUCUGAGUCGACACCAAGAUGGCUUCGUCGCGUCCGCUAGCCUGCAAGUGACCAUAAGGGGGAGCAGUCGAGGCGCCUCCUCCAGACUCAGGGAAAUGGGCAACGUCAGGGCGAGAAAACUCAGUUCUCCGUAGAGAGAAAGUGAUCAGUCCACAAAGGCAGGUCCACUCCUCGCUCCGUGGCACGUCAUCUCGUUCGCUGCCAUCGACGGCUAUGUCAGUCAUGUAGCCGUGUUUGCCGGGAGGGCGGGCGGUGAAUGUCCAAGAGGUGGCGCUCAUAUCCCGACGGGUUCGGAUCGACAAUCCGUACCGGUGUUUCCUCAUCGCGCUGAUCUAUUGUCAACGUACGCCAAGCACAAAGACUGUUGGUGAGAUGCGUCCUUUGCUACAAUUCCAAACUACGGCUAUGCGGCUUUACCGAACGGACGAUCAGUCCAGGACUCUGCGCUGGAUUUCCUGCUGCGUUAUCGUACAUUUGACUGUACACAUCAUCAUAGACGAAAUGUCUUGAAGAAAAUCAUGUUAAAUCAUAUUAAUCGGGUUGCUCUGAUCUCAACUGCAUUUCUCCUCGGAACCUCCAGAGGGCAUUCUGUACUUUCGUGGUAUCUGAGGGCCGCUACAAACAACAUUUUGUAGUUUUUUUUUUUUUUUUUUAGACAUCCGGUCACAUCACACUCCUUUUCUACGGGAACGUUUACCCAUUUGUAUCAGUCCUUCCUUUCUUCUGCCUCAUGUGCUCUUCUGUGUGCGAGUGCCAAAAUAAGGUUUUUCACUGGGGUUUUUCCAUCUCUCGAGGCAGCCUAUCGUCUACGAUUUUGUUUUAUUUUGUAAGAAUCACGACGACAAUCUCAGAUACAAGUGAGGAGUUUGUUCUUUGUGUGGAUUUUGCUGUCGUUCGCAUUCGUGGCUUAUAUGAACGGGACACACAACCCCAGAACCUCAGCAACGAUCAUUGUAAAAUUAUUGUGACCGACGCGUUUCAGACACACCACUGAUAGGUGGAAAAAAAAAACCUGACAGUUAGCUUUAUAAUUUCCUUAUAUUGUUUAUAUUAUAAAAGAAACAAACUCCAGCAGUGGAUAAUCGUGAAAAGCAUAGUCAGCAACUCACUCCGGCGCAGCGAGUGAUUGACCCUUGGACACACGCAGCUCACUGCAGUGAAAACACUUUUGACGUUCUUGUCGGGAAGGUGUUGAAGCGCUACAUGUGCCGCUGUAUUAUUUUUUUAAAAAUGAAAUUCACAAACAACAUGGCACGGUUGUUAAGGAAGAAACCGCUUGCCCUGGCCAACGUGCAGUUUCUAUAUGCAGUAAAGCCUCGGUUCUCGGACGUCGCAGUUUUCAAAGAAAUCGGCUUUUGAACGACAAUUUCAAGAUUUUUUUUGCUUCUGUUAUGGAACGGAAUUUGGUACUCAAAUGCCCCCGCAAAACCCGGAAAUAACAUUUUGCGCGCGGCCAGACCAGGUGACCCACGACGUGCUUUGUUGUGAAUUCCCACGCCGCCGAAAAAAACCUUGAAAUAGCAUAAUGCGCGCGGCGCAAGUAGCUGACCCACCCACGACGCGUUUUGUUAUUGUCAAUUCAAACGCCCGCCGAAAAAAAAAAAACCAACCCGGAAAUGACAUAACGCGUGCGGCACAGCCAGCGCACUUUUGUUAUUCUGCACAACGCAGCCUCUGUACACAGACGUGUCCUGGUUGUGACUGUUUUUCUUCUUAUCGAGGACUACUGUAUUAACCCCCAAUCAUGGCGCCAAAGAAGCCAAAUUGCUUGUUUACAGUUAUUCUGCACUUUUGUUAAUAAGAAAAAUUGACAAGGCUGGAGGCUGAGUCGCUACAGAUAUGGCAAUGCACUCCCAGUCUAGCGUACUCUACUACUAAAGCAUACAUUUUAAGCAAAAAAUAAAUAUAUUUCUUAAAUUAUUUUGUUAUAUCAAGUAUUUAAACUAUAUAUGUAUUUCUACGAUGUAGUUUAUUAUCAGGAAAAGCUAAAGAAAUGCUUUAAAAAGCCCAUUUUAUUAAGGUUUGCAACGCAUUAUUUCUUUUUCCGUUCAUUGUAAUGGGAAACAUUGAUUUGGUUUUCGAACAAAUCACUUCUCGAACCGUUUUCUGGAAUGUAUUUUGUUCGAGAACCGAGGCCUCACUAUAAUAGGAAUACACAAAGAGGAAACGGUCAAGAAAUAAAGGAAAGGCUGCGGAGAAUGUUUGCUAUUAUCAUUCAUCAAUUGCGCUCAUGUAUUUCAGUGACAGAGACUCUUCACACUUUUCCACCGUUUCAUAAUGAAAUCAUAAAUAUAGUUGUCCCACACCAUAUUACGAUUCACCGUUUGCAUAUUUUCUUUAUUGUAUUUAUGAUCUCAGAUUAGUUGCUAUAUCGUAGAAAUUUUCGUCUAUUUUAAAAUCUCACGUUCAGUAGCGCUCUGUAAUGGCCGCCAUCUUGUGGCGCUACACUGAAAUCACGCAACCGAACUGCUGUGGCGGGGGCUGGCGUCACUGUUCAUAUUUUAAAGAUGGAUGCAAGCGACCAAGUGCUCCUUACUUCCCGUUGUUAGCCCCGCCCACGUUGGCCGAUUUUUAUCUGUGAGAGGAUCAUGAUAUAUGAACGCGUGUUCAACACUUCAUGAAAUAUUGAUGGAAUACUUACAUAAAUUUUUUCCAAAUCCGAUUGAGGCCUCCCGCCGAGGAGCGGCUUCGGAACGUCCGCGGCGUUUGAUAUGGAAAUCCGUCUCGGGAAGCACUAAGCUCCUUUUUCACGUGACGUUUCCUCAGUUGAAAUAUGAAUUUUUCCUUUUUCCACUUUGUAAGCCGUCACGUCUCCGUUUAUUCGUUAAGAGCCGCGAUUGCUUGAAUGAGCUGAUAUUUAUUUUGUGCUUGCUUUCCUCCCCCCAAAAAAUGCUGCAGAUUUUUGCACAGAUUUUCCAAACUCUGAAAACAUUUUCAAAAUAAAAGCUGGAGGCUUGGAUUCAUCUGUGAGCCAGGAAGCCUAAACUCAGCGAUGAAUGUUUCUUUGAUGAAGAAUGGGCAGAUUUAUAUUUUUAGCUACAAAUCUGAUUCAUCAAAAUUCAUUUAUUCGUUUUCCUUUCCCCUUAUCCUGUUCAAUAUACUGAGAUGAAUAUUUAUUUCGAUAACUGCUGUGUUAAUCAGGCUACACUUGAUAAUCACCGUUGUACAAAUGCCAUUUUGGUCCAUAAACGAAGAUUCAAUCAAUCUGUCCCCGUUUUGCAGCGUUUUGAUUAA